AUGCCGUCCGUAAAGAACCCAAACGGUCCCUCCAAGAACCGCCUGGCCAAUCGGGCCCUAGGCUCCAAGAUGGCCCGCCGCAAGAAGUCUGAGGCGAACCGGAACAAGAUUGCAAAGACGGACACCAUGCGCGGCGCAAGGCCCGGCCUGAUGCCCACCAGCGGUCCCAACGCUCCCAUGAGCAAGAAGAAGGCCAAGAAGAUGGAGAAGAAAAUUGCCAAUGCUCUGAGGAGGAAGAUGGAGGCUGAGGGGGAAGUUGUCAUGAAGGAUGUCGAAGAGGCUACCGAGGACAAACCUGAGGAAGGCGACAUGGAGACGGAGAAGAUUGAAUAG